UAGAAAGACAUGGUUCGUGCUCCGAGGAGGAAGCCUGCGUCUGCGGCGUCCACCGCCGCCGAAAUCCGGCAGCCGAGGAAGGCGGAGCGGUCGGCGUAUUUCGCGAGGAGAGAGGCGGCGAAGGUACUGCGAAGCCUUCUGCAAGGCGACGCCAACCGCCGAGCCGUAGGAUCAAUUAAAUCGCUCGUUUAUGGGCCCUCCGUCCGGAACAAGAAAGCCACUUUUGCUCUCGUUUCUCAAACCCUAAAGCAUCUUCCAGUAAUCAAGGAUGUUUUGAACUCCACUAACAUACUAAAUAGCAAGUGGAAGAGGAAAGAGGAAUUGAUGUACAUAAUUACAUAUGACAUUCUACUUGGCCAGGCAGCAUCAUUAGUUGGUGAUGCGGAGAAGUUUCUCUUGGCCCGGAAAGGCGCUCUUCAGUCUGCUCUAGCUCAGCUUGUAGUGAGAAUGGGUGCAAAAAACAUCAAUGGCCUGAUGGCUCUUGGGCAAAAUUCUGAUAUGAAAAAGCCUAGGUUUGUCCGUGUUAACACUCUGAAAAUUGAUACAGAGACCGCGUUGCAUGAACUGGGGAAAGAACACACGGUUCACAGGGAUGAUGUAGUUCCUGAUUUGUUGGUGCUCCCUCCAGCUGUUGAUUUGCACAGUCAUCCAUUGGUUGUUAAUGGCAGUGUCUUUCUGCAAGGUAAGGCAAGUUGUAUGGCUGCUGUGGCCCUUCAGCCUGAAGCAGGAUGGGAGGUUCUAGAUGCUUGCGCAGCACCAGGGAAUAAAACUGUACACCUUGCUGCUCUUAUGAGAGGAAAGGGUAAAAUUAUUGCUUGUGAACUUAACAAGGAAAGGAUUCAGCGGUUGAAGGACACCAUUAAGUUGGCUGGCACUACUAACGUGGAAGUUCUACAUGAAGACUUCUUGAACUUGGAUCCAAAAGAGCCUAAAUAUGCCAAGGUUCGUGCUAUUCUCUUGGAUCCUUCAUGUUCUGGAUCUGGGACUGCUGCUGUUAGACUAGAUCAUCUUCUCCCAUCACAUGACACAGGAAAUGCUGGUGACAUUGAUCGGUUGAAGAAGCUCCAUGCUUUCCAAAAAAAGGCUCUGGCACAUGCUUUAUAUUUCCCGGCAGUUGAGAGGGUCGUUUACAGCACAUGCUCCAUCCACCAAAUUGAGAAUGAAGAUGUUAUUAACUCCAUCCUGCCUCUUGCCUCAUCUUUUCAUUUUCAACUAGCAACUCCAUUUCCCCACUGGCCUCGACGCGGUCGCCCUGUAUUUGAAGGAUCUUCGCAUUUGCUUCGGACUGAUCUGGUUGAGGACAAUGAAGGCUUCUUCAUCGCCCUAUUUGUCAGGAAGGUCACUGAAAUGGCAGUGGAACAUGGCAGAAGCACAUCUAGUGAAGCUCUUUCCACGAAGAAAUCCUUCUGUAAGAACUGUAGCAGGACAAGAUUUGCAGUGCCUCGUCCAUUCAUCACCAUGACCAAAAUGUGGCUGUGGCCUCAACAUCCUGCCCCAAAAGGGGCUGCUCAGAGAAAGCAAUGCUACAGAAAUCUAAUGAAAUUCGUUUCACAAUGAAAGUGCUUGAUUUGGAUCGGAUCCUUUUAGUUAAUGCAUAUCAAUCUUAUUGUUGGAUGGACCUCCAUGACCAAUAGACUAAUUUCUUAGGAAGUAGACGCUGUUACAUGUUAAUUUUUUUUCCCCCCUUAAAUCACUUGUAUUUUAUAUCUUUUUGGGAUAUCUGUUCUAAAUCUCUAUGCAAAGGCAUUGAUGCCGAACAAAACAAUUUUGGUUUUACUGUUUGGCUUAGGCUGUUUAGCCCUGCCCUCUGGGAAGGAUUUCCCAUAAUAAAUAAUACAGCUGGGGGAAAUAAAUUUGUUUCAU